CACCCUAUCUACACCACAACCAUGCAGGCAGGCGGACAGACUCCGGUGUUUGUGAUGAACACCGCGCCGGAACGCCAGUCCGGCCGAAAGGCUCAGAUCUCAAAUAUUACGGCGGCGAAGACUGUUGCAGAUGUCAUCAGGACAUGUCUGGGCCCAAAAGCUAUGUUGAAGAUGAUUUUGGACCCGAUGGGUGGCAUUCUUCUCACAAACGACGGUAACGCAAUCUUGCGUGAAAUCGAUGUUGCGCAUCCAGCAGCGAAGAACAUGAUCGAGCUGAGUAGGACACAGGAUGAGGAGUGCGGAGACGGAACAACGAGUGUGAUCAUUCUCGCGGGAGAGAUCCUUGCACAGUCUCUCUCACAACUGGAGCGCGACAUCCACCCGGUCGUGAUCAUCUCCGCGUACAACAAGGCCCUCAAGGAGGCUCUGGAGAUCAUCAAGCGCAUAUCAAUCCCCAUCGACGUCAAUGACGACGAGCAGAUGCUGUCGCUCAUAAAGACCUCGAUCGGCACCAAGUUCGUCAUGCGCUGGUCCGACCUCAUGUGCAAGCUCGCGCUCCAGGCCGUCCGCACCGUCGCGCACGACGAGGGUGCGCUCAAAACCGUCGACAUCAAGCGCUACGCGCGUGUCGAGAAGAUUCCCGGGGGCGAGAUCGAGCAGAGCAAGGUGCUGGACGGGAUCAUGCUCAACAAGGACAUCACGCACCCGAAGAUGCGGAGGCGGAUCGUGAACCCGAGGAUCAUCCUGCUCGAUUGCCCGCUCGAGUACAAGAAGGGGGAGUCGCAGACGAACAUCGAGAUCUCGAAGGAGGCGGACUGGUCGAAGCUCUUGGAGAACGAGGAGGAGCAGGUGCGGCUGAUGGUGGAGAAGAUCCUCGAGUUCAAGCCCGAUCUCGUCAUUACAGAAAAGGGUGUCUCAGAUUACGCCCAGCACUUCCUCUACAAGGCGAACGUCUCCGCUCUCCGCCGCGUCCGCAAAACGGACAACAACCGUAUCGCCCGCGCCGUCGGCGCAACGAUCGUCAACCGCGUCGACGACCUCCGCGAGUCCGACGUCGGCACCAAGUGUGGCCUCUUCCACAUCGAGAAGAUUGGCGACGAGUACUUCUCCUUCCUCACUGAGUGCAAGGAGCCACAGGCGUGCACGAUUCUCCUCCGUGGGCCGUCCAAGGACAUCAUCAACGAGAUCGACCGUAAUCUCGCUGAUGCUAUGUCUGUGGCGCGUAAUGUGUUCUUCGACCCGACCCUUGCGCCCGGAGGGGGUGCGACGGAGAUGGCGAUCAGCGUCGGGCUGCACGCGAAGGCGAGGACUAUAACAGGCGUUGAGGGCUGGCCGUUUCGGGCUGUUGCCGAUGCAUUGGAGGUUAUCCCUAGGACACUGGUGCAGAACAGCGGGGGGAACGCGAUCCGUGUCUUGACGGAGCUCCGGGCCAAGCACGCGAAUGGCGAGCACUCAUGGGGCAUCAACGGCGACACGGGUAAGAUCGUUGACAUGAAGCAGUACGGUCUGUAUGAGUCUGCCAGCGUAAAGGUCCAAACGCUCAAAACUGCUAUCGAAGCCGCACGCGUGCUGCUCCGCGUCGAUGACGUCGUGAAGGCGACUCGCAAGGACAAGGAGCAGGGUGGCGGCGGCGGCGGAGGAGGAGCACCGCCGGAGGAGAUGAUGGAGGGUUAGGUGUCAACCUAUCAGCAGUAUACAGUGCGAUAUACAAUUGUGUAAUAUGAUCAUUUCGCUAGAAUAUCUGCCUUCGCACUGAUCUUGCAGUUACUUGUGGAUCUCCCAGAGCAAAACCCCUCCUGGGACAAUUCCACGAAUGCAUUCUUCCCACAUCGU